UUUGUACACGUGUUAUAGUAAUUUACGCUUAAAUAUUUUAAAUUCUUUAAAUUAUUAUUAAAUUUUUUUUUUUAAAAACAAAAUAAUGAUUUAAAUGUUAAUUUUAAUUCGAAAUAAAAAAAUUAAUGACCUCAUCCGUUAAUUUAAAUUGAUUUAUAAAUAACGCCUUAAUAUCCUAAUUUAGAUAAUUUAUUAGUUUUAAUUUUAGGUAUUAGAUUGUCAACUAUAAUUAAAAUUUUAUUCAAAUUCGAAAAUGAGCUCUAUGGAAAUUUCUCAACUAAAUUCUAAUGAAUUAUUAUUAGUCAACAACCACAUUAGCCUAUAUGACCCCAAAUUAUUUAGUCAGAAGGAUGAGAGAGAUUUAUGUUCCUUAUUUAAUCAAAAAUGCUCAACUCAACAUGAUGCUGUCCAAAAGCAUUACAACAAUAACAUACUAUUGACAUCAGACAACUUCAAUUUAUAUUCCAGUGACCUUGAACAGAAUAUUAGUAUUAUAGACAACUCUUCUUGGCAAGGUUCGGAAGAUUCAACAAAUAAUGAUAUAACACAUAAAACAUCUGGUAGAAUUGACUACAAUCCAUAUUAUGAAGAAAAUGAAAGAAUCAACAAUGAUAUAGCAUUGCCACCAUUAGAAACAGCCAACUUCCUUUCAAGACAAAUCGAUACCUUUACACCUACUAACAAAGCAGAGAAUAAUUUUGGGAAUCCCCUUAGUCUGAUCAAACCACUGAAGGCUGUUUAUUACCCCAAUUUCAAUUUAGCUCAUCAAACCUCGAAUUAUUCGACUAAUGAAAAAUCCUCCACCAAUAUGAUCAUCCAUCCAACUUCUAAAUCCAAUAAUAAUAAUAAUACACCAUCCCCAUAUUUAUAUUUGUUUUUUCGGGUUGGUAAAAUUCCUCAAAUUUUGAGCACAUAUUCAAUUUACGAAAUUUAUUGAUUAUUUUUCUAAAAAAAUAUAUAUUUAUAAAUAUAAAAUUUUAUUUGAUAUCCCCCCCCCCCCAUAUAUUAUUUUAUUUUUUAUAUAAAGCAAUUUUUUUUAAAAAAACAUUUAUAAAUGGCUUUUUAUUUAUAAUAAGUUUAUACUUAUUUUCCCAUCAUUUAAGAGACUUGAUUUAAGACAUCAAUCAAUAAAACAAUUUUAUAUCAAAUAAUAAUUUGAUCUAAUUUAAAACUAACCUAAAUAAAUAUGCACAGCACACACCCUCUUUUUUUUAAGAUUUAUUUAUAAUGAUAAUGCAAAAAAAAUAUUUUGCUAAAAUUAUUUUGUUAAAUAAAGGAAAUUUAGUUAAUAAGGGAAGAAAAUAAAGAAUUUAGCAAAUAUAUUAUAAAUAGUUUAUAUGUGUAUAAAAUUGUAAUAUUUUUUAAAUGUGGUAAUAUAAUACAUCUACACAAUGAUUUAU